AUGCCGCCGCAUCUUCACCCCCGGUCGCGCAUGACCUCGUCGCUCUUUGCCACGACGCUCGUCGCCAGCUUCUUCGUCGUUGCGCUGCCGCACCUGCUGCCCUGCCCGGUGCCGCGCACAAAGUACGCCGACGGCGACAUCAUCAUUGACGAAAACGGCCGCCGGAAGCGAUGGAGGAGGAGGGAUGCCGAAGCAAAGGACGGGCUGGUGCAGUUUGGCCAGGCGGCGGACGACGAGAUUGAGCGCGUGACGAGGGAGUGUCCGGUGCCGAAGCCGGGAGGCAUGUUGGGGGAGUGGCUUGGGUUCCAUGCCACGGAUAGGACGAGGGAGAACAGAUGA